GCUGGACGGUUACGUUUGCAAAUCUGAUGUUUGCGCUUUGUGGCUGUUAGCUGGGAGAGCCACAUUUGCAAACAACAAAAUACAAGGGGAAUUUAGUGGAAAUGUCGACAUUAGAACAUUAAAAGGCGAACCAUCGUGGGGGUUUUUUUUUCGGAUUCACGCUUACUGCCUUCAAACCUGCCACCUGGAGGCCUGUUUUGAGAGGAAAUAACCGGACUGAACUGCGACUCCAGGCCGGUAUAGGAGGACAUGACACCGGAGCGAAAGCUACUUAAAUCUCUCCCUUCAUCGCUUGUUUUACCCGUAAAACAAACGGCAAGUGCCUGAACUGAACUCCAGAGACUUUUAUAAAGUAUUACACUAACAAACUAAUAUGCAAAAUAUAUUAAAACUGAUCGAGGGGAUAAUGUUUAUGGAGUGUUAGUAGACGGUAGACGGUAGUUGGUGCUGAUAAGCAGGUAGAGUAGUUCAGGUGACCCUGAUGGAAACUCACAAGUGAUGAAUUAUAGCUUAAAAACUCACACAGGAAAACCUGUCCAGGCAAAUAAUCAUAAUGAUGCUUUGUCAGUAAGGGAAAUUUUCUUAUUUCGCAACAAAGUCAUCAGUUUGUUUGAUUGAAGCUUUAGUAUUCAAAAGCAUUUUGUAUAUAUUAAAAGACCAAAUUAUAUGUAUUAUUUUCUUUAUAUUUUGGGGGCACUUUCCUGGGAAUGCGUAUUACAGCAUUGCUAUUUUUCUUGAGUGAAAUCAAGUUCUAGCAAUCUCGUCAGAAGUGUUGCAAUCACCUGUAAGAGAGGCAAUAUUGUGUCAUUCAUCUCCACAAAGGCACCAUCCCAUUAUUAGAAGUUGACCAGCAUGUUGAAAAAGCUCUGUUGUUGAGGUCACUCCACUGUUGGUGGGUUAGAUCUCAUGGUUGUGUAUCUGCGGCCCUGUUGACACCAACAGCUGAUUUCUUGGGUUCACCACUUCCAGAACGUUUACGACUAAGUACUUCCAUACCAUCAGGAUGAACCGUUACCUGCCUGUGGCACGGCAGCAUUUCCUGAGUGCUCUCGCUAGCACAAGUGUGGUGGUGAAGUCCAUCUCUGUCAUAGUGAUUCUAUUGUACCUGCUCUCCUGGGCUGCUAACACCCCUUACCUGCUUGGUGUCACACCUGGCUUCCUUUUCCCGCCAAACUUCUGGAUUUGGACGCUUCUGACCCAUGCAGUGGUAGAGCAGAAUCUUUUUGGCAUGGCAGUGAACAUUGGUACAGUCAUGGUUGCCGGGCGGCUAUUGGAGCCACUAUGGGGAGCGUUGGAGCUGCUUAUCUUCUUCACUGUGGUAAAUGUAGCAGCCGGUCUCCUCUCUGCACUCUCCUACCUUCUCACCUAUGCUGCAACCUUUGACUUGGACUAUCUGUUUGCUGUGCGGGUGUAUGGCGCACCUGCUUUUCUUGGAGGCAUUCUUGUAGCACUGAAGCAGACUGCAGGUGACACCACUGUGCUUCGAAUGCCACAAGUCCGCUUGAAAGCUGCACCCGCUCUAGCACUGCUUGCAAUAGCCAUCCUGCGGCUAGCAGGGCUGCUGGACACUUCAGCACCAUUAGCGGCGUGUGGCUAUGGAGCUUUAUCUGGGUGGAUUUACCUGCGCUUCUACCAGAGGCAUUCUAGGGGGCGUGGAGACAUGUCAGACCACUUCGCCUUCGCCUCCUUCUUCCCAGAGGCAUUGCAACCAGCCGUUGGGUUUGCAGCGGGGCUUGUGCAUACUGCAUUGGUGAAGAUAAAAGUUUGUCGUAAGAUGGUGAAGCGCUAUGAUGUUGGGGCUCCAUCUUCAAUUACUAUUAGCCUGCCAGACACAGACCCACAAGAUGCAGAAAGGCGGAGGCAAUUGGCAUUGAAGGCUCUCAACGAGCGCCUGAAAUGUGUGGAAGACCAGUCAGCUUGGCCGAGCAUGGAAGAUGAGGAGGAUGAUGAAUACGAAGAGGUGCGGACAGACACUCCUCUCCUUUCAUCCCGUGAGACUUUGCCACCAGCACCCAGCACCACUCAAAAUCCCACAGGACAACAGGAGUCCAGCAUCAUCAGUUUUGAAGAUGUGUCGACUCAUUCCUAACACACACACACACAAACCUUAAAUUUACCUUUACAAUCACAGAUGUUACUGGAGCUGUGACAUACACACACACACACAUAUCAUCCUGGUAAUGUUUUACAUACCCAAACAAGAGGAUUUGCUACCAAAAGAACACAUUAUCCAAUAAAAACCCUGCUUUACAAAAAACCUUGGAAUAGUCUGAAACAUAGCAACUACAGCGCUCCAGUACUUUUGCUUUGUAAAAACAAUAAUAUUUUAUCUCCCUAUGGCCUCUUGUGUAAGGUGUCUGGGAUGUAUCUUUUCUGAAUAAAUUCUCAAAUGGUUGAUGGGAUUGAAACUCCAUUUUUAAUUUAAAGCUGACUCUAAAAAAAAUGCUUAUGGGUAACUCUUUUGCUGCUUCUAUUUUUUGUUUGGUUUUGACAUUGCAACAGGAUAUAUCAAAUUCCUGGAGUUGACUGAGCAGAAGAUUGCUUAAACUACAACUUUUUUGCUGAUAUAACGGCAAAAAGAGCAUGUGGAUAUUCAAGGCCUGGAUUUCCAUAGGUGACGAAUGUUUAUGCAAAUUGUGGGACUUCACAAAGAACACGAUCAAAGGUUGUGCUCUAAUUGAUCUGGGUAUGGCCCAGUGAAACCUGUUUUCUGUCAAAAUGAUUUGAUGUGUGGAGGCAAAGAGAGGAGAGAGUCAAAUAGUCAUUUCAAAAAUAUAUUUGUUCAGAAUAGUUUGAAAUGAUAAUAGCAAUACACAAUCCAAUUCUGUCCCCUGUUGUACCCUUUUCCUCAUCUGUACUUGAUCUGUCUAUAAGUGUUGGCUUUGAUAAGAGUGUUGCACUCUAAAUUAUAAGCUUGCAUAACAUUGUCUAUACAGUGUGGUUUGAGUUUAAUUCUGAUUCUGACAUAAGACGAGUGAUUUCUCUGGAGAAACUUGGUUGCUUUUCUAUGUUUUGAGUAGGGUUGCUGGAUUUUUUACUAAUGUUUUUUUUACCCUUUUUUCUUUGGGGUUUUUACUAGCAUUUGUUGAUCUGUUUUCUUAUGGUUCCUAAGUGUCAGCCUUGAUGUUUCUCUCCCUCUUAUUCUCUGAUUCAUGUUUCAGCCUAAUUUUCUGAUCUUUAUCUCUCCAUCUGUAAUAAAGACUAAAGGAAGAGCACACCUGUCCCAGAGGACCUUAUUGAUUUUAAGUAAAUAAUCAGAGUAUUUUAUUCAUGUUAAUCAUUAUUAAUUAGCAUUUCUUUUUUUUUCUUUUUUUCAAGAAUGGAGUACAUCAAUUACCCA